AUGCCAGCCGCAGAUGAAGUGCCUUCUGAGCGAAAGCACACCAGCAGUUCCUAUCGAGAUGAGCUUGCACACUACAAGGCUCAGUACGAGCAACUAGAAUCCGAACUCUCGGACUUUCAAACAUCCAGUCGAGAGCUGGAGGCGGAGCUGGAGAAGGAUAUUGAAGCCUCAGAGAAACGGGAGCGUAAGUUGAAAGAAAAGGUCGAUUCUCUGCGUUAUGAAGCAGAGGAAUGGAAGACGAAAUACAAGCAAUCUAAAGCCGAAGCCAACUCUGCGCAAACCACUCUACAAAAGGAGAUCACCUCUCUACGUGACACAAACCGCACUUUACAGUUGAAAUUGCGUGAUAUUGAGGUUGCCAACGAUGACUAUGAACGACAAGCCCGGAACACUACCUCGUCCUUGGAAGACAUGGAAUCCAAGUUCAACAUGGCUAUUGAACGAGAAGUGCUGCUGGAGGAUGAGAUGAGGAGUGGAGAACAGGAGCGUGAAGGGCUACGGAUUGAGAAUCAGCGUCUUCGCGAUGAGCUGUCUGAUCUCAAGGUUGAAGCCGACAUCGUUCAAGACAAGUUGCGGCAAGCCGAGGGUGGCCACGGGUUCCGUCGCCGGAAGCCAGUCCCCCUAUAUGGCAGCCCAUCGACCCCUCAUACGAUAGAAAUCUUUGACCGGUCCCCUAGCACUGUUACCUCUUCGCCAGUCUUCUCAACUCCUCCUCCCAAGCCAUCACUGUCUUCUUCUACUGCCACUCCUCCUUCGCCGCCCAUCUCGGAGGCUUCCUCCAACUUGCGUAGGUCGAUCAAUGCUACUCCGAGUUUCCCUCGCUCGAGAGCAGGAGGUUCCGAGGUGCCUUCCAGGACCCUUCGCGAUGCCAGACUUCCACAUCGCCCCUCACAAGCUUCUCACCCCCAUCCCCAUCCCAUCCACUCACGAGCCUCAUCGCUCGCCCACCCUAACAGUCGGUCACCCUCCAUUUCGUCUCGCACUAGCGUUACGAGGGCGGCUACCACAAAUGCCCCACCACGCAUGUCAGGACUUGGACUCGGGCUACCCAAAUCUGGGUCCUUGUAUCAGAUCCGCGGUUUAAUUGGAAAGAUGCAGAGGCUUGAAGAACGAGUGCAAUCUGCAAAGUCUCGCCUUCCAGCACCUUCAGAUACUUCCUCUCGUGGAUCACGUAGUGGAUCCAUCGCCGGAGACAGCCCCGCUGCGGCCACCAUCACGGCCCGGACACACUCACGGAAGCGUCUGAGUGGCAGCAGCUUUGGGUCUUCAGUGCAAAACAGCGAAGGUGGUACUCCGUCAUACCUCGCGCAGAGUCGCACAACAUAUGGGGCUCGUGAUAGUCGCCCAAGUAGCCGAACGAGCUACUCUAGUCGCAGUUCGUUCAGCCAGAGUGUACACUCCGGAGUGCCUGUACGACCGGAGAGUCGCUCGAGUCGCCCCGGGGCGAAGACUCCCCUGGGUCACUACUCCAUUAAUCCCGUCACUGAGAGUCGACGACCUCGGUCUUCUCUCAGUAACAAUGCUGGACAAGCCUCUUCAAAUGGAAGCAUGCCGCACAUUGAAGAAGAUCACGACCAAUCUCCUCCACCUACAUCUCGCAUUCCUUUGGACUUCCGGCGGCCAUCUAUUUCGACGACGCCGGGGCUGAAGAAGCGUACACCUAGCGGGUUCUCCGCCAUUCCCACACCCCGGAGCUUCAAGACAAGUAUCGGCCCGGGGCACAUACCACCACCCGAACGAAACACGCAGACCGACCUAGGAGAGACCUUCUAG